AUGCCCAAGGUCAUCUGCCAUACACCAGCAUGGCUGUCCAGGCCAAAUCCGGGCUUCGACCUUUUCAUGCCGAAGACCCCGGCACGCACUUCGAAUGGCACCAGGGCGAUGCAGGAUGAGCAGAAGCGGCCUAGUAAGGCUAUUGCUACCCGCGACAAUACAGAGGUAUUUGUUGCAGUAGGGAAUGAGGUUCGAUGGGCAGAUCUUACCAAGCUCAAGGAAGACCAUGAGAGCAUUGCGAACUUGGGUUCUUCGCGGAGUCAGCAUCUUGCGAGUCUCGCGGGCAAAUCCACCUACCGCGUCCUCAAACUUCCCAUCCACUACCCCAUUUCACAGCUCGCUCUUUCUCCCUCUGGCGAUUAUAUGGCAGUCGCAACGUCACAUACGGUACAUGUUGUGCUCCUCCCCGAUUCAACCCACCUCGAAUCAUCCGACGAUGCAGCCCCGCUAAAACCGAAGACAUUUCAAGUAGGCCCGACGGCGCACGUGCUAGAGGAAUCGCCUAUUGCGUCCCUGUUGUGGCACCCUCUCGGGUACCAUGGGCGGUGUCUUGUCACCAUCACUCGUGAAGGUGUAGUGCGUCUGUGGGAGAUAAAUCGGUCUGAUCGGUCAACUUUCAAUGAGCCUUCGCUCUCGAUCGAUCUCAAGAAGCUGGCAAACGCUAUCAAUGAUGAGGAGAAUUUGAGCGCGUCAAAGUACGGAGCUCCUAAAGGCUUCUCUCCCGAUUCUUUUGAGCUCGAGGUGGCGUCGGCGUGCUUCGGAGAUUUUCCUGACCAGGAGGGCGUUCACGGGUGGGCGCCAAUGACAUUAUGGAUUGCCAUGGUGGAGGGUGAAGUUUACGCGUUGUGCCCGCUGCUACCAAAGAAGUGGCAGCUUAAGGAAUCACCGGGAGCGUCUACCUUCUUGCAGACACUGGCUACUUCAAUCAACACCAACUAUGCAGAAGUGCACGAUGAUCCUGAAGCCACAUUAGAAAGCCAAGCCACUGCGAAUAAGCAGCUCUCGUGGCUGUCGGAUAUUGUCUAUAACGAAUCUGUGCGAGAAGAGCCCUGCUAUGGAGAGCCGAUUAAGGUGUACUCCCGUCCGACGAAUGCCCCAGCUUGUCCACUCCUCCAAGGCCCAUUCUCCCUCACCCCAGAAGUCGAAGAGUUUGAGCUUAGCGACAUUAUAGCCUUUUCCUUAAAGACAUUCUCUGAUGGCACCGCGGACGAGCCGGCGGAGGGCGUGCCAGCGGCGGUCGUCUGUCUCCUCACGGAUACGUCUCAGGUCCUUGUAUGUCUUGAUCUUGAGGGCAUUGUAGGGCGCUGGCUACCCUCUUCUUCGAAUCAAUACGCGCUGUCGGACACUCCAGAUCACACGUUUGCCAUUGUGGAGAUAAUAGCUCUUGGGGGUGAGGGUGACGCACCGUCAUUCAAUCAAUGCUUCACCCCCGAUGUUCAUACUGACUUUUCUUUUUACGUCUCCCGCACUAGCGGUGUGUUCUACAUCUCCCUGGAACCAUGGAUUCGAAAGCUGGAAAACGAGCUCUCAGAACCAGAGAAGGAGGGCGCCGAAUUUCGCUCAAGGCUUCUCUUCGAGGGCGCAAGUACCUUAGUUGAGACAUGCAUAAACAAACCUACCGAGGAGGUCACCUCUUGUGUCGCCAUCGAGAACGGCAACAUUGGGUAUCUCCUUCUUACCAUCAUAGGACAAGAGCCAUGUGCGGUCAUAUUCGAUGCUCCCGAAGAUGGGCUACCAAAUGAGGAGGAAAUUAAAGACUACCUUGCAAUAGAGGGGCCAGUACCAGAGAUCCGGCCAGUGUACCAAGCGCCCAAGGAACUGUAUGCUCCAUCCCAGGUCGCAGCCGUUCUCGACCAGGUCGUUCCAUCUCGUCACAAAGCCUUACUCAAAGAAGAAGUCCGCCUGUCUCCUGCGAACCUCGAGCUUCUGAUGACAGUUCACAAAGUCCUGAGCCAGGAAACACACCGACUCGGCCUUGCAGUCUCGGACCUAUUCAGGCGCUGUGAACGCCUGCAAGAUGAAUUCAAAAACCAGAUCUUCAGAACCGCGCAACUCUCGACGCGGAUCGACUCUAUCACCGGGGAGGAUGAAGUUCCGUCUGACAACGGUUCUGAUGCAUUCGUCUAUGGGAACGCAAAGAUCGAGGACCGACUUGAGAAAGUCAAGACGAGGCAAAAACACCUCAAUGCACGAUACGAAGCUAUUCGCAAGAAAAUGGUCAAUGUCGGCGGCCCCGAUCUCAGCGAAAAGGAGAGCGACUGGAUCGAGGAGCUUCAGACGAUGGAUCGAAGUCUAGAGCAAUCAGCAGAGCGGCUAACGGAUGAUCAAGAUGGCAGCGCAGUACCAGCGUGGCAGCGUCUGGAGCAUGUCAAGACGGCGAAAGUCGACCUGACAGUCGCCGUUGAGAAAGCGGCAAAGGAUGGAAAGGAGAAGCAGGCGCAGAAGCAAGCGCCCGGUGGUGUGAAAGUGCCGUCACAAUCGCGGAGACAGGAGAAUGAGCAUAUCGAAGCGCUACUGCAGCGAGAAUCGGACUUGGUUGAAGCCGCGACGAAUCGGCUAAGGAGCAUGGGAAUUUCAAUACCUGAGGAGAGUUGA